GAAUGUGGAGCAAGAAGUAAUUGACAUCAUUGAAGAAGAUACAGAAGACACAGAAAAUAGUGAAAUAGAAUACAGUAGCACAGGAAAAAAUAAACUUCUGACAUAUAGUCAUUCAGAGGAAGAAGAUGGACUGAUAUUAGUAUCAGAAGCAUCUCUGAGAGCUCUAGCUAAAAAGAUACCAAUAACAGAAUGUGAAAAUAAAAGUUGUAAAGAAACAGUUUCACUGUCCAGUAGAAAAAAUGCAUCUGGAAUAACUCUCAACUGGAUGUGCCCAAAAAGCCACAACAGUUUAACAUGGACAAGCCAACCUGUCCUACCAAACGGAGUAAUGGUUGGAAAUUUCAAAAUCUAUGCAGCAAUAGUCAUGUCUGGAAAUAACUAUUCCAAAGUUGCCCUUAUGGCUAAGUUCAUGAGGUUGGGAUUUCCUUCCGCCUCCAUGUUCGAUAGAAUUCAGGGCCAGUAUAUUAUACCAGAAGUUGACAGAUACUGGUUGACUAUAAAACAAUCGACCCAAGAAGAAUUGCGUGCCACAAGCAUUGUAGUUGCAGGGGAUGGAAGAAUGGACAGUCCUGGCCAUUCUGCCAAAUACUGCACCUACACAGUCAUGAAUCAGACAGACAAGAAAAUAGUUUCAAUGGAAGUAAUUGAUAAAAGAGAAGUUCAGCUUAAAUCCGGACAGUUGGAAGUACGUGGCUUUAGAAAGACUAUGGAUGAUAUUAAAGAUGCUGGCAUAGAGGUGAAGGAGAUUGUGACUGAUGCACAUCCUCAGAUCUCAUCAAUUAUGCGCAGAGACUUUCCUGAUAUACGACACAGCUGGGAUAUGUGGCACGGAGCAAAGAAUCUGGGGAAAAAGUUACAUGCUGUAGCAUUGGAAAAGGGAAAUAGUCAACUGAAGCCAUGGGUUCAGGACAUAACAAACCAUUUCUUUUACAGCGCUGAAACUUGCAAUGGUGACAGAGAUGUUUUACAGAUGAAGUUUGUGUCAGUCAUGAACCACUCCUUAAACGUACAUCGAUGGGCAUUAGGGGGAUGUGACCAUGAGGAAAUUGACCAAACUGUUGAGAGAGAAAAGGAAUGGUUAGAUCCAGAUGGUUCCUCAAUCAUUGCCCUUGAGAAAAUAAUAAUGGACCACCGGUUCCAGAGCAAUCUUGGUCACUAUGUUACUUGUCAGACAACUUCAGAGAUUGAAUCAUUUAACAACCACCUACUAAUGUACGUCUCAAAGCGACAUGCAUUCACUUAUGCAAGUUACAAAUGCAGAUGCCAAUUAGCUGCUAUUGAUUAUAUGCACCAUCUGAACCGACCACUGAGAAAAAACAAGAAAGGAGAAUUUUACUACUGUAGAACAUUUUCAAAGGCUGCAAAUCACUGGGGCUUCAAAUAUGUAAAAGUGCCAAAGGACUACAGCUACAUUCCAGAAAUGAUGAUUGCAGUUUUGUCAGUUUAUUGCAAGUCCUUCAAAGAAAGACCAUUAAGUAAGAAAAGGUUACGUGCCCGGAUGAUCCCAGUUUAAUUGCUCCAACGAUUGCACCAGAGGCUCCUCCACCAACGAAGCAGCUUGUAGAGAAACAACAGUCAAGGCUUAAAAGAGAAAGCUGGCCAAAACCGGAAGAACAAUUAAUUGAAGACUGACAUCAGUUCCAAAAAAUAUGGAUGAAGGGCAUAUCAUGAUUACUAAGUCUUCAUAAAUCCAUACAAAUUUCAGUGACACUUCAUAAAUGUACUUUAUAGAUUCUGUUGCAUUUGCCUUUCAUGGCAGUUUUUAGUUGAACUAUAAUUAUUUAUGGAUAGCUUCAGUAAAAUGUAAGCAGGAAUUCAGAGUUUUUUCAUGGCAACCUUUUUUGGAGUACAUGAUGACCCUUCAUAAUUGUUUUUUUGUGGGUCAUUUUUUUUUAUUUCAAACUAAGAUUACUCCUGCUCACAUCAUUAAAAUCAGAGAGAUUUUCUCAACCUACGGGGAUUGCUUUGGCCUGUUUUUAUGGAAGGCCAAUAUUUCAUUUUGCCAUUUCCAACGAAUAACUAUUUAUAUUUCGGUCAGCCAUUUUUACAAAGCCGUCUUGAUGUGUGAACAUUUUUUUGGUCUUUCACCUAACGACAAUCCUGCAGGUAUUUCUUAUCACACAACAGAUAAUAAAAACUUUUUAAUUUUUGCUCUGUCAUUAUGUUAAAUGUUUUAUCGAAUCAAGUUUAAUACACCGAGGUGUGUGGGAUUGUAAACUUUAGACGCAGUCUGUAUUAAAUGAUGGGAUAACUGUAAUGAAGUUACUUGAGGAUUAUCAGAUAAUUAAGGUGGUCAGUCACAUUUAUCAACAUUUAAUGACAUUUUUUACUUUUUGUAUAUUCUGGUAGAGAAUUAUUUACGAACAAAAAGACCGAUUACAUAGAGUUAGAUUCCUAUUUGAAAUGUAUAUUUUAUUAUUUUUAUUAAAUUUUGUAAUUACUCCCCUUUAAUAUGAAAGUAUAUAAAAAGCUGGGUAUUUCUUUUUAUUUCGAUACAAUGUCUAGUUUUACAUUUGCAUUUGAUAGACAUAUCAACUAUUGAACAAUCUGAACCAAAAUGCAAGUUUUAAAGCUGUGUGUAGCUUCUGAAUUCAUUUAUUUCCAAUCUAUCUUGGUUGCGCAACCAAGAUAGGCAAAGGGAGGUAAUAAUAAUUUUUCAAACUUUCGUUUCUAAUGAAUUCCAUCUAAAUACAUAAUUUUUAAUGCAAAUAUUUUACAAAUAUAUUACAAUAUGUCUAAUAUUUAUACAUUUCCUUAGGCAAAGUAUGUUUAUCAAAUUUAUACUUAUGAUAAAAUAACUCUAUCUUGGUUGGGCAACCAGGAUAGGAAAAUGGAAUUUUAAAAAUACCUCCAGUGAAAAUCUAAUUUGUAUUAAGUGUUAAGUGAACAUAAAUGAGUGUAAAUGAUCAGAUGCUAAAGUUUCGAACAAAUCCGUUACAUGGCCAAAAUCUGAUUAUCCACCUUUAAAUUUUGGAUGCAGUCU